CAGCAGCUAUACUACUAUAAAAGGAAAAGAUAACACUUAAUGCGUGCUCACAAAACUUUUACAUUUGUUUCAUAAAAACUAUAUAUACAAAGUAAUACUUGUGAAAUAAAGUGUGAUUAUGGAGAAAUACAUAAGUGUUAAAGAACUAGAAGAUGCGGCGCUUGAGAAAUUACCAAAGAACGCUCGUGAUUAUUAUAAAAGUGGAGCAACGGAUGAGCAUACUUUGGCUGAAAACAGGCGUUCUUUUCAAAGGCUACGUAUUCUACCGAGAUGUUUGGUAGGUGUGGAAAAAUUUAACUUAGGCACCAAAGUUCUAGGGUAUGAAGUGUCCAUGCCUGUUGGGAUCUCUCCUUCUGCCAUGCAGAGGAUGGCCCAUCCCGAUGGCGAACUGGCUAACGUUAAAGCUGCUCAAGCGGAACGCGUUAUCUAUACACUGAGUACUAUCGCGACCAGUUCUAUAGAAGAAGUUGCCGAAGCAGCCCCUGAUGCAAUAAAAUGGUUCCAGCUCUAUAUCUAUAACGACAGAGAAGUUACGAGAGAAUUAGUCACAAGAGCUGAAAAAGCUGGAUUCAAAGCAAUAGUCCUUACGGUCGACACGCCUCUAUUCGGAUUACGAAGAGCAGAUGUCCGAAACAAGUUCACUUUACCAUCACAUUUGAAAUUAGCCAAUUUUGAGGGACAUUUAUCAACAAAAAUACACGCUACCGGCAAUGGAAGUGGUUUGAACGAAUACGUCAACAACCUAUUCGAUAAGUCUUUGACGUGGAAGGAUAUUAAGUGGCUCAAAAGCAUCACCAAGUUGCCCAUAGUAGCCAAAGGUAUACUUCGUGGGGAUGACGCCGUGAAAGCAGUUGAAGCUGGAUGUUCAGGAAUUUUAGUGUCAAAUCAUGGUGCCAGGCAAUUAGAUGGAGUUCCCACUACGAUUGAAGCAUUACCAGAAAUAGUGGAAGCUGUGAAAAAUUACAAUGUCGAAGUAUACUUGGAUGGCGGAGUAAUGACGGGGACCGACGUAUAUAAGGCGUUAGCUCUUGGGGCCAAGAUGGUUUUCGUUGGACGACCCGCGCUUUGGGGAUUGGCAGUAGGCGGGCAAGCUGGUGUGCAGAAGAUGCUUAGUAUUUUCCGAACUGAAUUGGAAUAUACGCUUCAAAUAGCCGGAACUCCAAUCGUUGCCGAUAUAACAAAGGACAUGGUGCGACACGAAUUCACGUACAGCAAACUCUAAACCAGAAAAAUGUCGACCAACCUGUUUAAAGUCUAGACCAAAUAUUGAAACUUGUUAUCAAGUAUGUAUGACAUAUGAAAACAUUCCUUUAAUAAAAUUCAGGUUUACGUA